CAGGUCUUGGCCCCUCUGGGCGCGCGGCUCUUCGGUGCUGAUGAUGUGCGGCUGGAGCUCGUCAAGGGGCAGCAGACGCACUGCAGGAACUGGGGUGGCUCGGAGCUGGAUCAGCACCACACCUUUGUAGUGCAGUACGCGCCGGACAACGACCGGAAUUUGGACAUGCAUGUGGAUGAGUGCGAGAUCACCUUUAAUAUUGGCCUCAGUGAAGAUGAUGCGUACCGGGGCAGUCAACUGGCCUUCUGCGGCAUGUUCUAUGCCGAGGACCACCGAAAGCAUUCCUUCACCUACCAGCACCGGCGCGGCUGGUGCGUGGUGCAUUGCGGCAAGCACCGGCACGGCGCCCUGGACAUCGACAGCGGGGAGCGGGCCUCCUUGAUUAUUUGGACCAAGAGCCGGUCCUUUCGCAGGACCCAGGAGUACAGAGAGUUGGCAGACAUGGCCCACUGGAAGACUGGGGAGGCCGAUACCAUUUGCUUAAGCUACACCCAUGAUGAUGACUAUGCCGACCUAGUUCCACCAGACUUCCACUUUCAGAUGCGGGCCCCAAGCCCCGAGAGCCCCGGGAGCCCCGGGAGCCCCGGGAGCAGUCCGAGCCGCGAGCGCGAGCCAAGUCUGGAGAACCUGGCGUGGGUGCGUGUGUGCGCGGACAACGAGCUGGAGGGCAGGAAGCUGGUGCAAGUCGGGAAUCGCGAGGUGGCCAUCUUCCGCCACAAGGGGCAGCUCUUUGCUCUGGACGACAAAUGCAGCCACAUGGGCGCGUCUUUGGCGGGUGGGGACGUGGAAGACUUGGCGGACAAUCGCUGCGUGGUGCGAUGCCCUGGUCAUGGGAUUUGCUUCGACCUGCGGACUGGCGAAAGCACCAAGGGCGCCCAGCAGCCAACGUACCCGGUGAGAAUCACAGAGCGCGGUAUUGAGGUCGCGGUGCCACACACGCGGGGCGUCAAGCGUGCAGCAGAGGAUUCUUUGGAGGAGUCCGCGCAGAAGGCCUGAGCUGUCACCCCAGAUCAAGCAGACCUCCCACGCGAUCUCGCAGUGCCCUCCAAAGACGAGGGAGUAGCUAGGGCUCUUCUUAUCUAAGAUUCUUGUUGCUCAUUGAGCCCAAGACCAGGAUGCUAUUUGCGUGUCUUCUUGUUUGUCUCAGCGGUGUGCAUGGCGUCGUCGAGCCAAAGUAGGCAGAAGGUUGCAGCAAGACAAGGUCCUACAACAGGGCUCUGUAGCCGACUGAUCGAAGCGUUUGAGGGCAGACAGAUGGCAAAUCCCAUGUUUGUUCCCCUUAGUAUUUUGCAGUGCCGUUUCUGCGC